UGCCGGGAGCACGCGUGCUCGCAAUUGCAUCACCUGUGCAGUCCCCAUUCGUGCUGGUGGGGGCGAAGACGAUAAGGCUGCUUUGCUUUACCAGCCUCAUGCUGCUGCUUUUGCUGCUGCUCUAAUAUAAACAGACAAGUAGUCACGAUUCGGCGAUCGUCUGCUUGGAAGCACCCGACAAUUGUCGCCCAAGUGGAUGAUACCACGUGAAUUGGGCUCUCGUGGGGAUCGCAGUUUGAGUGAUGAGAGAGUGUUGGAUUGGUGAAUUGCUUGAGUUCCUUUCGGAGCCGAGAAGUGUGGCAAUUUUGUGAAGAACUUGCUUGAAUAGUAGUACCCAGUAGCAGACGGCGUUCAGAUGGGGGAUCGCUACAGCACUUGGUAGACCUCAGGAAGUACGGUUUCACCUAUCCCUCGUUGGCGGUGCUGUGAAUGGUGAAAACGUCGCCUGUGAGGACUCUACGUGGUGAUAUAUCGACUCAAAAUUAUGGUGACUAAUUUGAGGACAGGGAAGUGCUUAUUUUAGAAUUUCUACAUCAGUACAUCGGCCACUACUCAGAUUCAAGGUUGUAGGAAGAUGGACAGUGCAACAGCUGCUUAUCAUGCAUUCCCGUGUCACCAAUAUGGAGCUAAAUCUAUUUGUGGGGCUGAAGGCCCUGGCUCACGCGCCUCAGAAAGGGUAUUUUUCCAAAGGGCAGGACUCUUGGCAUUACCACGUCUGAAGAGGUUGUCAAUUUCUCAACGCCCCAAUCAAAGAAAACGAAGCGCAUCGUCUGCUGCCACAGCUGGUCAUGUAUUAUUAGAGACUUCCCCGAGUAUAGAUGUAGAGGGUAUAGUGGCUGAGACGCCCGAGUUGUUAGCUCUUUCUUCAGACUUCGAUUGGCAACAAUCCGUAGCUGAGCUGCGGGAAGAGGCUCUUGGUGCCUUGACUGCGCAAGGCAAGCGGGAGAUGGACUUGGAACGACUCGGACGUGUCAUAUAUGAUUUGUUGCAUGACUGCAUGUUCGACAGUGUCUUGCAUCCGCCUGCUCUUCACGGUAUCCAAGACCUUCAAGAUGAUAUGGGUGUUCGCUUACGGGUGGAGGAAUUGAGGAGAGAAGCUGCCCUGCAGGCAACAGAGGUGCUAGCACAUGGUGUGGACAACAGCUUUGACUGGGAAACCGAGGUCGCAAAGCUACGCCAAUGCAUUGCAAAACAGUUACGAGUUGAUAUCGAAAAGAUUCUCUGGAACUCUUGGGAACCUGCUCGUGAGAGUAUGGGCAAGGACGCCGAAAACUUGCACCAAGAAGCACUGAGAAUGCAGCCUUUGGAUGAUUCAUACCUGCAGGAGUUGGUGAGCGACAGCAGAGAAAAUGCUGUGGAGCUUGUUAAUAAAGCGACUGAAAUUAGUGGCACAUGGUGGACUUUAGGAUUAGCAAUGGCAGGGCUUUUCGGAAUUCAAGCCAUGGAUGCUAUUGCUGCCGAUGAGUCGGUUACAUAUGCGGUCACUGCUGCCAGUAUGAAUGCGUCGGUGUGGGUUGCGCCCACCGUUCUGGCGUUGCCAUUGGUUUCCUAUUUGCUCUUCACUUUGUACUGUAAUAAGGAACGAUCUCUGAUAAUGGUGCCGAUUAUGAGCACUUCAAUCCAUAUGCGAAACUCGCUGAUCGGAUGUUUGGACAUGUGGCAACGGCAAUAGUUGGCAACAUUGUUCUCAUUGCAACAGUUGGGGUUCGGUUGUAAUAAGAAAGUCCCAGCCUUGCCUUCUCUUACAAAUUCUCAUUGUGAGAAAGCUAGAUCCAUGUCUUAUCUCGUGUGCUUGCACCUUCCUGACUUGGAAUUAGAGCCAGGUUAGGAAGAAGUAGUGAAAUGAGCAAACACGAGAGAAUCUGUAAAGGUGUACAGAAAAUCUCUGUACAAGUUACUCACUGAAUCAGUUCGGUGUUGACAAAAUUUGAUGACAAUUUUUGCUUGCA